AUGGCGGAGGCGUUCGGGGACGAGCUGUUCAGCGUGUUCGAGGAGGACGCGGCCGCCGCCGCCGCCAAGAAGAGCAAAGCGGCUCCCGAUGCCGCCGCGAAGCCGGGGAAACGACCGGAGCAGAAAUCCCCGGUAGCGGCUCCAGGGAAGUCCAAGCGGGAGGCCGAGGCCAGCAGUAUCGAAGAUGCCGCUUUGGGGAAGAAGCCUAAGUUGGAAGAAGCCGUAUCAGAAGAUGUUAGUCUGUCAGACUUGAUGCCUCAUGUGAAGGUGCAAGCUGUGGAAACUGUUGAAGGUUGUACACAUGAGGUUGCACUUCCUGCAGGAGAAGACUUCACAGGUCUGAAGCCGAGAACUGGAAAAGCUGCUAAAGAAUAUCCAUUCAUUCUUGAUGCGUUUCAGAGAGAAGCUAUCCUUUGUGUGGACAACAACCAAUCUGUGUUAGUGUCAGCUCAUACAUCAGCUGGUAAAACUGUAUGUGCAGAGUAUGCAAUUGCCUUGGCCUUGAGGGAGAAACAGCGGGUGAUAUUUACCAGUCCAAUUAAAGCUUUGAGUAAUCAGAAGUAUCGUGAGAUGUAUGAGGAAUUUCAAGAUGUUGGUUUGAUGACUGGAGAUGUCACCAUUAAUCCUACAGCUUCAUGUCUAGUAAUGACAACAGAGAUUUUGAGGAGUAUGCUCUACAGAGGUUCUGAGGUUAUGCGAGAAGUUGCAUGGGUUAUUUUUGAUGAAAUUCAUUACAUGAGAGAUUCAGAACGUGGUGUGGUUUGGGAAGAGACAAUUAUUUUGCUCCCUGACAACGUUCACUACGUGUUCCUUUCUGCCACUAUUCCCAAUGCCCGUCAGUUUGCUGAGUGGAUCUGCCAUCUUCACAAACAACCUUGCCAUGUGAUUUACACAGACUAUCGACCCACUCCACUGCAGCACUAUAUAUUCCCAGCAGGAGGAGAUGGACUCCACCUCGUGGUUGAUGAAAAUGGAGAUUUCAGAGAAGAUAAUUUUAACACAGCAAUGCAGGUGCUUAGAGAUGCAGGGGACUUGGCCAAGGGGGACCAGAAAGGCAGGAAAGGAGGAACAAAAGGUCCUUCAAAUGUGUUUAAGAUUGUGAAGAUGAUCAUGGAAAGGAAUUUCCAACCUGUAAUUAUUUUCAGCUUCAGUAAAAAAGAUUGCGAAGCCUAUGCACUUCAGAUGACAAAGUUAGAUUUCAAUACAGAUGAAGAAAAGAAGAUGGUUGAGGAAGUAUUCAAUAAUGCAAUUGAUUGUCUAUCAGAUGAAGACAAAAAGCUUCCUCAGGUAGAGCACGUACUUCCUCUUCUGAAACGAGGAAUUGGCAUCCAUCAUGGUGGGCUGCUUCCUAUCUUAAAAGAAACCAUAGAAAUUCUUUUCUCUGAAGGCUUAAUAAAGGCUUUAUUUGCGACGGAGACAUUUGCUAUGGGAAUUAACAUGCCAGCCAGGACUGUGCUGUUCACAAGUGCCUGUAAAUUUGAUGGGAAAGAUUUCCGAUGGAUAUCCUCAGGUGAAUAUAUUCAAAUGUCAGGUCGUGCAGGACGCCGAGGAAUGGAUGACAGAGGAAUAGUCAUUCUUAUGGUGGAUGAAAAAAUGAGCCCAACAAUUGGCAAGCAGCUUUUGAAGGGUUCAGCUGAUCCCUUGAAUAGUGCAUUUCACCUGACAUACAACAUGGUACUGAACUUGCUUCGAGUAGAGGAAAUUAACCCGGAAUACAUGUUAGAAAAAUCCUUUUAUCAGUUCCAGCAUUACAGAGCUAUUCCAGGAGUUGUAGAAAAGGUGAGUAAAUUGGAAGAACAGUACAACAAAAUCGCAAUCCCAAAUGAAGAAAAUGUGGUCAUAUACUACAAAAUUCGGCAGCAGCUUGCAAAACUGGGUAAAGAGAUUGAAGAAUAUAUUCACAAACCAAAAUACUGCUUACCUUUUCUACAGCCAGGAAGACUGGUAAAGGUGAAAAAUGAAGACGAUGACUUUGGAUGGGGAGUGGUUGUUAAUUUCUCUAAGAAAUCAAAUGUUAAGCCUAAUUCUGGUGAAUUGGACCCGCUGUAUGUAGUUGAGGUGCUUCUGCACUGCAGCAAAGAGAGUUUGAAAAAUUCUGCUACUGAGGCUGCCAAGCCAGCUAGACCUGAUGAGAAAGGAGAGAUGCAGGUUGUUCCUGUCCUGGUGCAUCUGCUCUCAGCCAUCAGCAGCGUCCGCCUCUACAUCCCUAAAGACUUGAGGCCCAUCGACAACAGGCAGAGYGUGCUCAAAUCUAUCCAAGAGGUGCAGAAGCGGUUUCCUGAUGGGGUCCCGUUACUGGACCCUAUCGACGACAUGGGCAUCAAAGAUCAAGGACUGAAGAAAGUUAUCCAAAAAGUGGAGGCCUUUGAGCACAGGAUGUACUCRCAUCCUCUCCACAACGAUCCCAGUUUGGAAACUGUGUACAAACUCUGUGAAAGAAAAGCACAGAUCGCUGUGGACAUCAAGGCGGCCAAGCGGGAGCUGAAGAAGGCCCGCACCGUGCUGCAGAUGGACGAGCUCAAGUGCCGCAAGCGCGUCCUGCGCCGCCUGGGCUUCGCCACCUCCUCCGACGUCAUCGAGAUGAAGGGGCGCGUGGCCUGCGAAAUCAGCAGUGCUGAUGAACUGCUGCUGACAGAAAUGAUGUUUAAUGGUCUCUUCAAUGACUUAUCUGCAGAACAGGCCACUGCCCUACUCAGCUGCUUUGUGUUUCAAGAGAACUCCAGUGAGAUGCCCAAAUUGACGGAGCAGUUGGCAGGACCACUCCGUCAAAUGCAGGAAUGUGCUAAAAGAAUYGCCAAGGUCUCAGCUGAAGCAAAACUGGAAAUUGAUGAAGAAAAUUACUUAAAUUCUUUCAGACCCAACUUAAUGGAUGUCGUAUAUACAUGGGCGAAUGGAGCAAACUUUGCUCACAUUUGCAAAAUGACUGAUGUCUUUGAAGGGAGCAUCAUCCGGUGCAUGAGGCGGCUGGAGGAGCUGCUGCGACAGAUGUGCCAGGCUGCAAAAGCCAUCGGAAACACGGAGCUGGAAAACAAGUUUGCCGAGGGUAUUACAAAGAUCAAGAGAGACAUUGUGUUUGCUGCAAGCCUCUACCUGUAACUGAAGGUGUCUUCCAAAAACUGCUCUGGAUCCAUCCCUACUCCUGGAGGAAGCAGUUUUAGAGUUGAGUUGGCAUCAGCUCUGCACUUCCAUCUCAA